AGCAACGGUCAUCAUCACUCUAUCAGUUUGUUUUCUCUCCACAAGCAGUCUGCUGCGUAUCGUGUCUCCGUGGAGCCUGCGGAGUUUAGUGAAAGUUUUAGUGUCGUGUGGGCUUUUCUGCGCCGCUAAACCUUCAACAUGACUCAAAUGGAGCGUGCUUCGGAGAUAAUUCUCCUCGCCGGCAAUUCGCACUUGGAUUUGGCGCAGAAGAUAGCGGACCGCCUAGGGAUCAGGGUUGGAAACUGCACCGUUGUGCACUCGGCCAACAGAGUUGGCGAUCACACAAACUGCGUGGAAACCCUUGUUGACAUUGGAGAGUCUGUACGCUCUAGGGAUGUGUACAUUAUUCAGACUGGAUCCAAGGACGUCAACAACAGCAUCAUGGAGAUGCUCAUCAUGGCCUACUGCUGCAAGACGUCCUGUGCCCGCAAGAUCGUAGGCGUCAUUCCGUACCUGCCAUACGGCAAGCAGAGCAAGAUGCGCAAGCGAGGAUGCAUCGUCUCGAAGCUGCUUGCACAGAUGCUCGUCAAGGCUGGUCUGACCCACAUCAUCACCAUGGAUCUUCACCAGAAGGAAGUGCAGGGUUUCUUCGACAUCCCCGUGGACAACCUGCGGGCCUCACCCUUCCUGCUGCAGUACAUCACCGAAUGCAUCCCAGACUACAGAAACGCAGUCAUUGUCGCUCGGAAUCCAUCCACGGCAAACAAGGCCACAUCCUAUGCGGAGCGCCUGAGACUGGGCAUCGCAGUGAUCCAUGGCGAGCAGAAGGAGUCAGAGUCGGACAUGGUGGAUGGCCGUUACUCUCCUCCGACCGUUCUCAUGUCUGGACGCACCAUGGAGGUGGGCCUUGACAUUAUGCCCGUGCCCGCAGCAAAGGAGAAACCACCGAUCUAUGUGGUGGGUGACGUCGGUGGCCGCAUCGCCAUCAUGGUGGAUGACAUGGUGGAUGAUGUACAGUCCUUUGUGGUGGCUGCUGAAGUGUUGAAAGAGCGCGGUGCCUACAAGAUCUAUGUGCUGGCCACCCACGGACUCCUGUCCAGCGAUGCGCCGCAGCUCAUCGAAAACUCCCCAAUUGAUGAGGUGGUGGUGACCAACACGGUUCCUCACGAAGUGCAGAAGAUGCAGUGCCACAAGAUCAAGACGGUCGACAUCAGCGUGCUGCUGUCCGAGGCCAUCCGGCGCAUCCACCACAAGGAGUCCAUGUCCUACCUCUUCCGGAAUGUCACGCUCGAGGACUGAGCGCUCCCUCCCGGAUUUUGGAUGGUGGGCCACAUACCAGAUGCACAAGAGUUGAGCACUCAUGUUGAGUGCAUUCCGAGGAUUAUGUCCUGGUGGAACAGGAGUGCUGUUUGUGAAGCCGAGCUUCUACAAUGCCAGACGCGAUUCUCCGGGCAGUGGCCACUCUCUGGGGCUCUGUUUCCCUAUUUCUUUUGUUAAUUUUAGUUUUUGUUGUAACUCCGCUCAUAUUUCGAUAGGUGGCGCUUGUCGAAGACUUGACUUCUGUAUUUUAAUCCUGUCUUCAGUUCUGAAAUGUGCAUGUAAGUUUCAAUGUGGAGGCACUAGAGGUGGUGUGAUCUCUCCGCUGCUCGUAGUAGCAGUACUGAAUUGUUUGUCAUCAUGAGGAAGUCCACAAGUGCGUAACCUAGGUGCUCGCGAUCACCUUAAUGUAGCCAAAUUUUUUACUUUACAGUUUGAAACCACUACUGCGCCUAUUUUACUUUUAUUGAAAGUUGCAUCAGCGGAGUGGCUUAGACGUGCGAAUGUAUAAUUGCUUUAAGUUACCGUUAACUUGUUAUUUCACAUGUUCUUGGGACUGUUCUUAACUGGCGUAGUCGCUUUAUUGUAGAGCUGGCACGGGAACUGUGGAAAAUAUUUUGGCCUCGCAUUUUAUCAAAAGCCUGAUGAACACUAUGGGUACGGGCACGCUUUGAAGGUGUCAAUAUUCUAAAGCUUUAUUCUGCAAGAAAUUGUUUGAGCCUGAGAUAUCAUUUGCAGAUAUUGCUUUUUAACAUAUAUAUUCUUCAGUGGCACUGUUUGCUUUGUCUGUGAAACUUACGUGUUUAACACUGUGUAACGUCACAGUCAGGGCCAUGUUGUCGGGAGUCGUCGUGAGGCCGAGUUAUGUCAUUAUUAUUGCCAGUUUCAAUACACGAUUGACUUUGUCAAUUCAGGACUGACAAAAUUGAUUGAAUUUUCUGGAAGGUGAUGUCAAUGAAGAGGCAAAAAAAAUUGACUAAACAGAUCGACUCAUUUGACACUAUUUGCAUUGAUUGUAACACAUCCGCGGCUCAGAAAAGCACUCACAACAUAUGGGUCUAAACUAUAAAACACGCAAAAAUGACAUCGGAGAACCUUAACUACAUACUAGAUUGAAUUGACCAAAAUAUCUACUUGACUGAAGUUCAAUUAACGAAAGUCUGCUAUGUUCCGAUUGAGGACAAUGGACUCCCGAAGCAUAAUGUUUAUUGCCAGGCAUUUCGGUAUGUUUUGUGCUUUUUACAUCAGAUAAACAACCUAUUGAGCACUUUCAUUUGAGCAUUGUUGCUGUUCUUUGAUUUACUAGAAGCACAAAGUGAGGGAUUUAGUUUUAGCGCCUGUUUUGUUAUAUUGGCCACGGGGCGUUGUGUUCUGCUUGCUUUGCAAAGUACAAUUUACGAAGUGUUCUUUUUCUGUUGCUUAAGUUGUAUCUGAGGGCUGAAAUCCUUGCUGGGCACACCCUAUUCAGAUUUUUUAGACUUUAUUUGCGUCAGCAAUAAAUAUGGGCGUUUUCCUGAGAAUCUGGUCAGCUGAUGUGGUUCCGUAUUCAUUCAAAUCUAAUGCACAACUAAGUAUUGAGAGUUCAAAAUGACAAUGCAUCUGAAUAUUUGUACGAGUUAUGCUGGAAAAAAGUGUGCGUUGAGUUCAAGUAAAUACGGCAUAUAUUCCUAUAAACACAGCCAAACCUUUAGGUGUCGGAAUAUGGUCAGCAAAAGGAAGUUAUGGGAAGGAGGCUGUCCGAGAUUCAGUUGCUUCAACGCUGCAGAAUCCUGUGUUUGGAACUAGAAUGGUGCAAUGCCAGUAUGUAUUUUUUAUUGGGUUUGUUCAUGGUUUUAGUGUUGUCGUUUUCAGUAGCGAUGCACAGCUGAAUGUGUGAAGAUGUAGUUUUUUUUUUCGUUGUAGACAACAUGUUUGGUCCGCUAUGUUGCCAGUCAUGUCCAUGCUUUCAUUUGGUGACAUGGGACAGCACCUGUAGGCAGCUGGCAGCUGUCUUUUUGUGAAUAAAUGAAUUCUACUCUGUUAAUAUUCUUCA